AUGGAACUUCACAUUUCUUCCAAGAGGAUAUUUCUGCUGGCGGCUCUUCAAGGUUGGUUCCCAGGCUCAGAGUCUCAGGAUCCCUCGGUUUAUCUCCCACAGUCCAUCACAGCACUGAAGGGAUCCUGUGUGGAGAUCCCCUGCACAAUCAAUGUGGUGCCUACAGACUUCCAUCUGAUCUGGUACAGGGAACAAUCAUUUACUGACCCAGAAAUCUUCAAUAACAAAAAUCCAUCCAGUAUAAAUGCAGAAUUCACAGACAGAACUUCCCUGGUGGGGAACAAGUCAAACAGCUGCUCCUUGAGGAUUGAUGACGUGAGAGAUGGUGGAACAUAUUAUCCGUAUAUCCCAGACAAGCCAGUGCUAAAGUUGCCCACUAAUCUGACUAAAGGAGUUUCUGUCCGUAUCACCUGCUCUGUACGACACACCUGUACCCACAAUCCCCCUGUGCCCCAAUGGAACAAAGUCGGCUUUAACAAAACAGAUCGGAGAGAAGAACUUGAGGGCGGAGUCUGGAGAUUUGUACAGGAAAUGGAUUAUAUCCCGACCUAUCAGGAUCAUGGCACUCCUAUUAUAUGCCAAUCUGAAUAUCCAAUGGGACGAGUCUCACAAGAAAGUCUCAUUUUAAAUAUCACAUAUCCUCCCCAAAAUGUACUGAUCAUUAAACUUGAUGGAGAAAAUAAAAUAAAAGCAGAGCAAGUGACUUUACGAUGUACCAGCAAUGCCAACCCCCCUGCUCAGUCCUAUACCUGGUUCCGCAUUAAUAAAGAAGGAGAGGAGGAAGAGCUGAAAGAACACGGGGAGAAAAUAACUAUAAACUGGGAGAAUGUAAAAUAUUUCUGCUCUGCAAGGAACGAGCUGGGAAAAAAUGAUUCUUUCAUAAUGGAUCUGAGCUCCUUCUGUAAGUACUAAAAGUCAUUCCGAUUUAGUUUUAUUUGAUUCAGCAAUGUAAACCUAAAACAAAAGUCUUCUCUACUUCAACUGAGUUGUAUUGGGUGUCCCAACGUUUUAAAUUCUUGUACUUGCCAUAAUGCCUGGAUUAUCCCCUAUAAUUUGGGCAUGUGUAUAACCAGUCAC